AUGCACUGUCCAACAUUGGAGAGCUGUAUCCUAAGCUACAGAGGCAACGUGAUCCUGUACAACAUCACCAAAGGUGAGCCUCCAUAGGAUACAAUUUAGACCCAGGAUCUAAGUUGUACUUUAGUGCUGUUUGUUUCUAUGAAUUCUAAAAGAAGCCAAACAUAGAUUAUUAUUACUCGUUAUUACCACUAAAUAAAAGAAAAAACUAAACUUUACCAUGAACUUACUGCAGACCCUUUAUAAACUGUUAUAGCUUAUAUUGAGUGAUUGAGAUGGUAUAGGCUUCAGUGAAAUGAUUAAAUACUUGCUACUCUGACAACGUUUUACUGUGGGGUUGGUUGUCUUGGUCUCACACAGGUGUGGAUCCAGACCUGUUGGUGUUUGGAAAGUACUUCACCUCCAAUGUGCGGGUGUUACCCCACCUCUACACCAGAGUCAAUGCCUCAGAGCCCCUAGCCUCAGACAAGCGCCAGUUCAACCGGCCACCCGUCCAGCCUCUAACCAUAGCCCCUACUGCCAGGAUCCCCACCACCACCACUGCACCCCAGAGCUCUACUCAGGGCAAUACUUAUUCCCCCAUCACAUCCACCCCCUCCUCCACCAUAAUGCCCACCCUGGGGACCCAGGCCCACACCACCACUCCCCCGACCCCCACCACCACCACCACCACUCCCCCGGCCUCCACCACCACUCCCCCGACCCCCACCACGACUGCCCCUGCCCCAUACACCGCCCAGACCAUCCCUGCCUAUCCAUCAACCCACAGAGAAUCCACCACCACCCCACAGCCCCCCACACCUACCAAGCAGCCCACAUCCACAGCCAGGGUGGCCACCAUCACCAGUCCCACCAGCCCCCCGACCUUCCUGGCUCCUGCAGCCAACAUGGAUGGCAGUAACAAGCAGGACCCCAACGACACCAAGGGCUACGUGGGCAGGAACCACACAGCGGCCGCAGGGGGAGAAGGUGGACAGGGUAGUCAGGGCGAGGUGGAGUCCCCCUCACCCGGUGAUUUGGGUCCAGGGUGGCACGUGGCGGCCCACACCCUGUUGGUUGCCGCGGUGACGGUCGUCACAGUGCUGCUGAGCUGCUGCUGCUCCGUGCUGCUGGUGGUGAGCUGGAGGGGUCGGAGGAAGAGGAAGGGGCGGUACAGGACCACCUGGAGGGGGAAGGGGGGGUCCAUGCGCCUCAUUAAGUAUGCCAUUGUCAGGGAGAGCUCGUGA